AUGAAUCUAAUAGAUCAUUACUACCAACCUGGCAUCGGUACAUAUGUCGAAUCAAGCUCGCUCUCGCGCAAAUCGCACAUUGGCCGCAUCAAAUCAUGGUAAGUCGACAGCCUCUCGACAGUCGAGCACCAUCUCCAAGCUGAAUUGCAUCAGGUACGCCAAAGCCAAAGAUCAAGCCAUUGGCACAAGUUUCGGAGAGCAUGUCAUGGCAGGAUACAAGUUCCUGAUGCGGUACUACAACGAUGGCGACGCCAUCUAUUUCUUCGGAUUCAGUCGCGGCGCGUAUACGGCGAGGUUCCUGGCGCAAAUGCUCGAUUAUGUAGGGUUGCUGAGCGCGGGUAAUGAAGAGAUGUUGCGAUUUGGUGAGCGACGCUGAUUUGAGUCUCGAUAUUCGUUUGUUCACUGGGAGCUGACUAUUUUCAAAUUCAGCAUGGAAGACCUUCUCGAGAUGGUGAGUUUCCGAGAGAGAUACUGGGUUCGAUGGUGAUUGACCGACAUGCGCGUCUCCAGGCAAAUGAGGAACGAGGAUUCCGCCUCUGGGAAGCACAAGAAGAAGGAGACGUUCGAGUUUAUGAAGAAGUUCAGAGAGACGUUCAGUCGACCGGUCUGCCGCAUCGAAUUCCUUGGGCUGUUCGAUUGUGUGAACAGUGUCCCUCAAUUCGAGUCAGCGUGGAUGUCGCGAACCCGAUUCCCGUAAGUUUCGGCCCCAACACCAAUAAGGAUCCCGCCUAAUGAAGUACCAGCUAUACCGCAAAGACUUCAGCCAGAGUGAUCCGUCACGCCGUCUCAAUCGAUGAGCGCCGAGCCAAAUUCCGCCAGGAUUUGAUAUCAGAAAGACGCCAAGCACCAGAACAGCCGGGAUACAAAGACUACAUUGGUGAUUACAUGCACAUGAUGCACCGUGCCGAAGAGGAUAAAGAGAGGGAGCAGGGAGAUGCCAAGGAGGAGCCAAAGCAAAAUGACUACUCACACAUGAGGCCAAGAUUGAAGAAGUCUCAUGACACACAGACGCAGAUGUUCCGCUCCACUCGACGACGUCUCCAUCUCCCAGUGACAAAAGACAACGCUUCAGCUUCUGAGAUAUCCGUGAACUCGCAAACGAUCGUGACACACCGCCAGCAUGAUCGCAAUGCCGAGGAGGGACACCCGGACGACGAUGAUGAUCAAGAUAUCUUGGAAGUCUGGUUUGCGGGUCAGCACGGCGAUAUCGGGGGAGGUUGGCCACUUGGUCCGGAAGAGGAUAGACCGCUCUCUGAUAUCGCGCUGAUGUGGAUGCUGCGAGAAGCGCGCAAAGCAGGCAUGCCCUUUGACGAGGACAAGGUUCGGGCUUCGAACAUGUUCCUUCCCGCCGCAGGUCCAGGUAUGGGAGACAUGGUCCAGGACGCACCUCUCCUCCAAGUCGAUGGCCAACCCGUCCCACAAAGCCCCCGACUGGAACGAAACAUGACACCGACGACGUUUACGGAUGAAGUUCACCGUAUCGCCACUAGGAGCAGAGUACACGACUCGCUGAGUUACAAAGGCGGUCUGGGAUGGCUGGCAGUCUCAGCAUGGCAGUUCAUGGAGUGGCUACCCUUCCGCCGAAUGGACCUGCAGCAAGACGGUGAGUAUCCUCGCGCUCGGUGUGGUUCUUGCAUGUACUAACUCUAGACCAAGGGUCCUGGCGGGCCAUCUCAUGGCCGCUGCCCCGUGGUGAGGUGCGAGACAUGAGCAACGACUGCAAAAUCCACCAUUCCGUGGUCAAGCGCAUGCAAGCCGAUCCCAACUACCGUCCCGGUAACUUGAUCGUCGGCGGUGGGGGUCGCGGCGUGCGCGUAGCUCCGAAGCAUUACGGAAUGGGAUCCUGGAAAGUGGUCCACGAGCCUGGCGAUGUCGUGGGGGAAGCGUAUGUCAGGGAAGUCGAAGAUGAUGAUGAUAUCACCAAUGGGAAGAUGAAGUGA